AAAACUUCGUAUCUUGAAAGCAACGGGUAAUAAUAUCAGGAAGAUUGUAUCAGAUACGAUAAAAAAAAGGAAGCUUUCAUUACCCAUUUAAAUUGCAGAGUCAAGCACAAUAUUAAAAGGAAGAAGGAUACAGAGCUGGGUAAACUAGUUAAUGGAGCUCUGAAAGACUGAAAUCACCACUUUUUUCUGUUCUUUUUUCGAGUUUGAAGUUUGAACCCCCCCCCCGAAAAAAAAACACUGUUACAAGGUCAACUCAUGCACCAUAACUUGUCUUUUCUCUUGUUAUUUUCAUCGCUUUUAUUCGACAGACCUUUUGUUGGAUUAAUUGCAUUCAUGGGUUGUUUUUGCUUGAAGAAAGUUAGAAACAAAUCUGGGUAUAAAGAUCCAACCAUUCUUGCAUCUGAAACACCUUUUACUGUGAAUGAAGUAAAAGCUCUUUAUGAUCUGUUCAAGAGGGUAAGCAGCUCCAUAAUUGACGAUGGUCUUAUUCACAAGGUGGAAUUCCAGCAUGCAGUUUUUAGAAACAGCAGCAAGCAAAAUCUCUUUGCAGAUAGAGUAUUUGAUUUAUUCGAUGUUAAACACAAUGGGGUUAUUGAAUUUGGAGAGUUUGUUCGUUCUUUAAGCGUCUUUCAUCCCAACGCUCCAAUAGCAGACAAAAUUGCAUUCCUAUUCAGAUUGUACGACCUACGACAGACUGGUUACAUUGAGGGAGAAGAGUUGAAAGAGAUGCUAUUGGCUCUGCUUGGUGAAUCAGACCUCUUACUUUCCAAUGACAUGGUGGAAAUGAUUGUGGAAAAGACAAUGGUGGAGGCGGAUUCAAACGGGGAUGGGAAGAUUGAUGAAGAAGAAUGGAGGGAAUUUGUGAAAAAUAAUCCAUCUGUCUUAAAGAACAUGACACUUCCAUAUCUGAAGGACUUAACCAGCCUUGCAUUUCCCAGUUUUGUACUCAACAAUGAAGCUGAAAUCAUUGGGAAUAAGUAACAUUUGAAGACGGUCAAACUUGACCCAAUUUUCUUUGAAGUCGGAAAAAGAAAAUUUCCUACUGUAAAACUAGGGUGUGUUUGUGCCUUGUGGUUAUUAUUACCUUUGAAGAGGCCUCUGCAACUUAAUUUAAACCCUCUGUUUUCUUGUUUCCUACAGGAUUCAAUCAAAUGUUAUAAAUUAUUCAUUUUAGUGUGGUGAUCAA